CACUAAACUGUUCUAGACUUCGGUGGAAACGAGAUUAUUACUCAUCAUAUCUAAUUAUAGCAGUUUUGAACUAUAUCAAAAGAAACAAGAACUUGGUGGUGAGUGCAACUAAAAACGCAUUGGAGAUGUUUUCAAGUGGGCCAAACUAUACAAAGUUGAAGACACAUUUGCGUCUAGCAAUUAAUCGACUAAAAUUGUUGGAGAAGAAAAAAACAGAGUUAGCACAAAAGGCACGCCAUGAAAUCGCUGACUUCAUCGCUGCUGGCAAAACGGAACGUGCCAAGAUUAGAGUGGAGCACAUCAUCCGUGAGGAUUAUAUGGUAGAAGCAAUGGAGCUGCUUGAAAUGUACUGUGAUUUGCUACUGGCGCGUUUUGGUCUAAUCCAACAGAUGAAAAACCUUGAUGAUGGUUUGGCAGAAGCUAUAUCAACCAUUCUUUGGGCAGCACCUCGUAUUCAGACAGAUGUACAGGAAAUUAAGAUAAUAGCAGAUAUCUUGACAUCUAAAUAUGGUAAACAAUAUACAGAAGCGUGCCGAGAGGAAGCAAUCCAAACCAUAUCAGAAAAAUUGAAACACAAGAUGAGUGUGCAAUCGCCAUCAAAAUUACUUGUAGAAAAAUAUCUAAUUGAAAUUGCCAAGAAUUACAAUGUGGAAUAUGAGCCAGAUCCACAAAUAAUGGCAGAAGCCCAGGAUGCUAUGUUAAUAGAUAUAGGAGCCAAUGGAGGAGAAUCAAGAAAUAAUCUCGAUACUGCUAGUGGAGGAAUACCUCAUCCUCCUGGCUUCAUAGGUUUUCCACAAGCACCUCUGCUACCAGAUUCUGGAUUCCAGAUGAACGUGGAUUCAGGGAAAGAUACAUCUUCCUUAGGAUUCGUAUCCCCAACAUCCUCAUCUUCUAUUGAGAAAGAUCAAAAUACUCCCUUCAAUCCAACUGCAUUUUCGUACAACAUUCCUCUGGACAAUGCCAAUUCGAAUAAAACCGAAGAAGAUUUACCACCGCCGUAUCGGCCUGAUUUUCCGCCUGACUUAAACAAACAGUCAGAUGACAAACCAAAACCUCAACCAAGGUCUAAAAUGCCAAUAAACAAUUACCAACUUCCGGAUCUGCCAGCAGUGCCGACAGAAAACAACGAUUCACCUGCGAAUUUACCCGUAAACGAUGACAUUGAUUUUGAUGACUUGAUGAAACGAUUCGAAGAUCUAAAAAAGAAAAAGUAACGAUCGACUAAUAUAAAAGUAAUGUAUUUGAAAUACUUGAUUUUUGUUUCUAGCGUAUUAUCACGAAACGGUGCUACAUUUAAUAGUAUCUUCUGCAAAAAGAGGAUAGAAAAUUAAAGGUAAUCUAAUAUAUGCUUUUGCAAUCAGAGAAAUCCAAAAAUGUAAUUAAAAAGAAUAAAGUAUAUAUAAAGUUAU